CAGGCACCUGGCUUCUUGUGGUAUUCUGAUGACCAGAAUUUCUCCUUUGCAAGUACCUGUAAUGAGCCAUACCUUUUCAAGAACUUUCUUCAACAUUGCUGCACCACUAGUAAAUAAAAGAAAAGAAUAUUCUGAAAGAAGAAUUAUAGGGUAUUCUAUGCAGGAAAUGUAUGAAGUUGUUGCUGUUGUGGAGAAUUACAAACUAUUUGUUCCUUGGUGUAAAAAGUCAGAUAUAUUAUCGAAGCGCUCUGGAUACUGCAAAGCACAGCUAGAAAUAGGAUUCCCUCCUGUAGUAGAGAGAUACACAUCGGUUGUUACCCUAGUGAGACCACAUUUAGUUAAGGCAUCCUGCACAGAUGGGAAACUAUUUAAUCACUUGGAAACAGUGUGGCGUUUCAGCCCAGGUAUCCCUGGUUACCCAAGGACAUGUACACUGGAUUUUUCAGUUUCUUUUGAAUUUCGUUCACUUCUACACUCAAAACUCGCUACGCUAUUUUUUGAUGAAGUGGUAAAGCAGAUGGUAGCUGCCUUUGAAAGAAGAGCAUCCAAACUCCACGGCCCAGAAACAAACAUACCUCGGGAGCUAAUGCUUCAUGAAGUUCAUCAGACAUAAAAGGAAAAAGAUUCUAACAGCCCCUGUUACAAACUUGUUUGUACACUUCAUUUGUACAAGAGGUGCCAUGCUCCUCCUUGGGGCAUCUGUUUUGUGUCUGAGCUUUGUGUGGGAUUUUAUACUGUACAAAACACACCCGUCCAGC